AUGAAAAUUUGGUUUAUCCAACAAACCAUAUUUUACAUCGGCAUCACCCUCGUGCGAAAAAUAGCUUGCUCCUACAAAAAUGAAAACAUAGAAGAGUUGAAAAGAAUUAUAGACAAUGCGGAACUGUAUGCUAAUUUGGAGAAGCUAGAGUACAUGAUAUUGCAGACGCUGGAACAAGACAAGCUCAAAUUACCCAUCGUAAGACAUGAUGUUCGCAGGUAUUUUGAUUUUUCUAAAUUUAAAAUGAUCCCAUUUAAGGCGGUAAACCACCAUGAUCGUGAGUACAUUGUCCCCACUGUCCACUCGGAAGCGGAAGACAUCAUAAAAUAUGAACAUGCAUUAAAAACACAAGUUGCCAUCGACUACAAGCACGAACUCUCAGAUUUGAUUAAGAAGAAAAUACUAAUCGUACGGACGCUAAAAAUUAUUAAAAUUAUGAAAAUACCUAUGAAUGAAUAUAAAAAGAGUUUCAAAAUCAGUGAGGCUUUGCUCAAAUUGAAUAAUCUUUUCACCAAUAAAAAUGACCCAAAAAAUGAUGAUGAAGUUGGCACCCGUAUGAUGAAGAAGCGUAUUUUUGGGAAAAGGGGCUUAUCUGGAAAGACCGUCCGAAGGAGGAUAGCGCUCUACAUGCCCAUAGACUUCCAGAUGGACAUCAUCAAUUACAACGAUUUGCUCUUCACCUACCAGCCCAACAUAGAAUUGAUGAGGAAGCUGGACCGCAAGGCCAACUACUUCGACAUCGGCAUAUUCAACUACCUGGCCCACAAGCACUACAAUAAAUUCUUCGAAAUUGGCAACCUCAAGUUCCACAACUGGAAUAGCAUCCUACGCUUCAACCACUCGGACAGGUACAAAGUGCUGGACCUCCUCUGUGACGAAAGUAACUCUUACGAAGGGGAUAAAAAGAGGAGGGAACUUUAUCUAAAAAACAAUAUAUCGUCCACCACAGAAGAGUGCACCAUCUUGGAGUUCCUUGUACAUCACAUUAACAAAUAUCAAAUGGAGCUAUUCACAAAUGAUGCCAAGUUAAAUUUAAAUCUUCAAAUGCUCAUGGAAAAUUUCCAUUUAAAAGAAAAAUUUUUUGACUUUAUGUGCAAAAAGGAUAGCAGCGGGUCGUGUUGCAUCUAUGAUGGUCCUAAGUUUAAAGAAGAGAAGCAGGAGGACAUGCCUUUCGUGGACAAGCAUAACUAUACCUUCGAACAGACCAAACUGAUAUUCCCCAUAAAGAGCAAUCCGCAUGACAUUUUCACGAACUACGUCAACUUUAUAAAGUACUACAACGAGUUCAAUGGGGACCAGGUUCUGUACAUCCACCUGCUCAACCUUAUCGGCCUUUUGAAUGGAAACAUAGGCGCCUACGUCGGGUCUCUCUACCUGCCAGGGUACUACAACGCGAUACAAUUGGCUUACGAAGACAACCGACCGAUGAAGGACCUCUAUGAGAACCUCGUAAAAUGCGUCGAGAUGUGCUACAGCAGGACCAAGAAGAACAAAACGCUGGCCUUCAAAAUCAGCUCCAUAUUUAAAAACAAAAAGUUCGACUCGUCCAAGUGCAACAUAUGCGAAGGAACCCUCUUCUACAUAAACAACCAAGUGCAGGACAGCAUGUCCAUGCUGCAAAAGUACAACGGAUACACGUCGAAGGUGCUCAAGGUGAACAUCGUAAGCCACCUGAUUCGGUUUAUGAAUAUAUAUGAAGAGUACAACAGUUUCCUGAUGCACGACCUGAACUGGUUUACCUUCCUCUUCCUAUUUAGGAUGACUACUUAUAAAGACAUCGCGCAGUACAGCAUAUCCAACGCCAUGUACCUGGACCUACAAGACGAAGACACGCAGAAGAAAACCAUCGUGACGUACCACUGGUAUCCCUCCUACUUGAAGAAGUACAUCACGAACCGCACGAGGAAGAACGAGGCGGUGAACCUUCUGGAAGAGCUCGAAAAGAUGAUAGACAAGGACAUCAUAGAGAAGAUGAAGAAGUGCAUCAAGUUCGUGAUCCACGUGAGCUCCGUGCUGCAGAUGGACUUCUUCUACUACCUGAACGAAACGCCUCUAGGCGAGCAUCACCCAUUUGGCUUGACGAUGGACAUCGAAGGGAGGUUCAAAGAGUGGUUCUCGAGUUACAUGUACAAUUUCCCCCUAAUAAAUUACGAGCACCCCAAGGGAAGAUACAACAUGCAAAAGGAGCAAAAAAAGGGAAAAUUCGUGGCGCCCAAGUAUAGCAAGUGGACCUUGCACUUGAAGAAAAUCAUCGAGAAAUCCUUUAUCAAUCAGUUUAAUCAAAAACACGUGAGGACGUUGUUCAAACAUUUCGGCUCCUACAACAUAAAUAACAAAAUUAUGCUCCUCAGAGAUUCAUACGAACUGUACUUAAAAAAUUUUGAAAAUAUUUAUUUCCUUGGAGACAUUAUGCUUUUGAGGAAAUUUUUUGGAGCGACCCCCAAAUCGAUCAUCCUAAGACAGCAGAUACACUACUUCAUGCACAACAUCUUUGGUAACCCCCUGAACUUCUACAAGUUCGGUUUGAUCUACGGGUACACUUUCAAUAAGGUGUACCUCAAAGAGAUCGUGGACGCCUUGUAUGUGAUUUAUCAGAUGAACCAGGCCAUCUUCACCGAGAUGUCUUUCCUCCAGACGGUCCGCUUGCUCUUCCGGAAGAUUCAGUACAGCUUCUUCUCCCACAGGCGCAACGACGACAUAAGCAUGAACAACAUCUUCUUCUUCAGCGUGCGCCAGGACUACUCCAAGCUGAAGAAGGAAGUGCGCGAGGAGGAAAUCCACCUGUCCAUGGCCUCCCGAUUUUACGAAAAAACAAUGUACACGCUAUUCCAAAUGAUGUUCGUUACACGCAUAAGCAAACACAUAAACAAGCUAGACAGGAAAUUUGGAAACGCCAGUAUGCUGGGUCUAACAAUGGUAGAGGAGCCGGCCCUCCAGUUUAAGUACGUCUAUUACGGCAGUAUGUUUGAUAGCCUCUUAAACGUCUUCUUCCCCAUGUUUAUAAAAAAACCCGUCGUUCAGCUCAAAUACGGAAAGACCUUUGUCCUGGCCAACAUGUACAAACUCGCAUCGGAACUCUUUGCCAUCUACAAUUUGAACAACCUGAGUGUUCUUUGCGACUACCAAUCUAUGACCAGUGCCAAUGCCUACGUCUUCCGCAAGACGAUGAAGUUCCUCGACAAAAAGUUUUUGCCCCUCGUCGUCGCGGCCUUCUUUAUGAAGAUCAGCGAUGAGAUAAAGGAAGCGAAUUUACAAGGCGGCUUCUGGAAGAGGUACUACACGAACCGACUCGAGGGAAAGAAGAUCAUACCAUAUUUCGUUUACCUGACCUUCUACACCAGUGGAAACGCAUACUUGCGGAACCAUUUGUUCUUCCCGAAUCCGCUGGGCCAAGAACUGUCAAAGCAAACGGAAGGCCUCACAAAUGCUCCUCCAAAGGAAAAGCCAGAGACGCACCGAAUCAGUGGAGUUAUUUUACUGGGAAUGGUCCACUCUCUAUCAAUUUCAUUCUUCAUUUUUACCCUCGUAAGGUGGUAUGCCUUUUACGAUAACAUUAUUUUUCUAUUGAGAAACACCUUCAGAGUCUUCGACAGGUUCUACACCAUCCUGGAAAGAUAUAUAAACUCAUUCGUAAAGAGAAUGUACAACAGAUUUACAGCGGAUGUGCUGCUCAAGUCGCUCAGACGAGCCUACGACCGAGCCAAGGAUGAGGGCUACUAUGAGGAGAGCAUGACGGCCAGAAUUAGUAGUAAGCUGUUUGGACAAACGGAAGGUGAACAGACUAUAGAACCACCUCCCGUGUUGUCAGAAAUUGACAUAGAAGCUGUUCAGAACAAUAGCAGUCUGUUCUACGUAGACAACGAAUCCCUGUUCGAAGACCUCGACGAUGACGAGCAAUUCCUUAACCAGAGAGAUAUCAUUUUUUACGACGAUAAUAUUGACAAGAGGGGCAUUUACAACUUUGUCCCCGUGAAGAACACGUAUUAG